AUGAAUCCUUUGCUAAGAAUCUUCUGGGUGUAGAUGAUGCCUUGUGUGGACAAGCACCAUAUAAACUGUCACCUGGUGGACAUCUGUACAUGCUGAACUUUGAAGUUGAGUACAAAGGCAUGUCCCAGGACAUUCUUAUGAGAAACUGGAAAGAAGAGGCUCAGUUUGCACUCACCACACGCCAACAAGGGACAGAGCUUGAAUUGUUUAAGGCAAUGGGAGAACGGAAGAUUGUGGCCUUCAUAAAUGUGAACACGCCAGAGCAGUUAGAUGACAUUGCGUGGAAUCUGCCAAUCAUGAAAAGUAUUGGGGACCAAGUUCAUAUUCUUUGCAAGUCUGUCCGACUAUAUUCCGAUUACUUGCAGGACCUUCAAAGUAACUUUGCUGAAUAAAAAACUUUGACAAGAAAUAGGCCAUUGUUUUAUAGGUAUUUUUAUAAGAGGAAGUUGGCCAUGUAAUUACAUAUAUAAAGCUUUAUUUUGCUACCCAAGUGAAUGCACGUCCAAGAAUUUCCCAAAACAUUAAUCUAAAAAAGCAUAUAGGGUAAAUGGUUGAUAGAUGCUUGCUGCAUUUAGGGUGCUUUAUCUUAGGGCCCAUUCCUAUAGAUGCCAUUGCUCAACGUGGAUCAACCCAACUCUGUGUGAACUCUUGCUGACUGCAAUCAGCUUAACUAAAAGACAUGCCUCCUGGCAUUAAGUAGAAUACAGCAAAAGCUGGUAAUUACGAUUAGUUGGAAGCAAGAGUAAGCUUGUCUUUCAGUUAAGCUGAUUGCGCUUAGGGAGAGUCCCUGCAGAGUUGGGUCUAUCCCUGUAGACCGAUGGUGUCUGUGGGGAUAGGGUCUUAGUCUUAUUAAUUGGCAUUUAAUAGGUCAAUAUUUGAAAGGUAUUUUUAUCAGCAGUUGCGUAUGUAAGUACUUAUAUUGGGUCUAUCCAAAUAGACUGAUGGUUUCUAUGGGGAUAGGGUCUUAGUCUUACAUUAAUUGUUAUAAAGUACAAUAUAUAAUGGCGUUUUCCGACAGGGCCAAUUGUAUAUUUCACACUUUACCUUAUUUUUCAUUUGUGCAAUUUAAAUUAUGAGUAAAGUUUGUUAUCAUAAACUACCUUCUUGUACUUCCUUCCAAUGUUGAUACCUUUUUUUUACGUUUGUGAUGCAUUUAUCGUGAUAAAACAUCUUUUGAAGCUUU